CUUCACAUUUGAUUAUGCAAGAACUGUCAGUUCCACAAAUUUUGUGGAUAAUAUUUGUAUUUUGAAUUUAAUUUAUUAUUUUUUACAGGAUGGCUUCUAUUUUACGGCAGCUUUCAAGAGUCGCAAGGAGCCCAUUAGUUAGAAAUCAAGUGUGUUCUACAGCUUUGAGGUAUGAAUGUGGUCAAGUGGAAUCAACCUCUGAUUCUAAACCGACAAUCCAAAAAUUUGAUCCUGCAGUUCGAAAACAGUUAACAGAAUUUGGAACUUAUGUAGCAGAAUGUAUACCAAAGUAUAUGCAAAAGGUGCAAAUUACAGACAUAAAUGAACUAGAACUAUUAAUUCAUCCUGAUGGGGUAAUUCCUGUGAUACAGUUUUUAAAAGACCAUCACAAUUGCCAGUUUACCAAUCUUAGUGAUAUAACUGCAAUAGAUGUCCCAAGUCGUGUGUAUAGGUUUGAGAUCAUAUACAAUAUUUUGUCUUUACGUUUUAAUGCACGUAUCAGGGUAAAAACUUACACAGAUGAAUUAACACCAAUUGAUUCUCUUUAUGAUAUACAUAAAGGUUGCAAUUGGUAUGAACGUGAAGUAUGGGAUAUGUAUGGGGUUUUCUUUGCAAAUCAUCCUGAUUUAAGAAGAAUUCUAACUGACUAUGGUUUUGAAGGGCAUCCUUUCCGCAAGGAUUUCCCAUUGAGUGGAUAUGUAGAGGUUCGUUAUGAUGACGAGAAGAAACGAGUUGUUGUUGAACCUCUUGAAUUAGCACAAGAAUAUCGUAAAUUUGAAUUAUCUGCUCCAUGGGAGCAUUUUCCUAAUUUUAGGAAAGUUACAUCUGGCAAUGACGGAAAGAAGUAACUUAUGCUUAUUUUAUUGUACUUCUUAUACAAUACACCUGCAGUUAAAUUAAUUGUAAAUAAAUAAAUAAUUGCCACCAA